AUGAAGAUGAGCAAUUUUGGACCUGAAUUUCAUGUAGCACAGCCAAGCCUGCGUGAUAAGUUGAGAAUUCAGCAGGAUUCAAACCACAGCCAGCAUUUAGAACAUCGCACUCACAAUUUGGAACACUUUCCUACCCAUCAGGGAUUAAACCCAGAUGUUAUUCAGUUUCCCAGUUGUAGAUAUGGCAAUAUAGCAUAUGACCCGACCGUUGUUUCCUCAGAAAUGGUCAAUUUCGCCACAAACUCGCAAGCUUUUUUGCAACAAAAGGAUGGUACGGUGGGUCAUCAAGAGUCGACCAUUGUUCAAUCUGAUAAGCUUGCGCCUGAUACUGCUUCACUUGCAAACUUUUCGCACCAUAUGUCAUCAAACUUGAGCCCUUCAGCUAAAGUGAGUGGUGACCCUGACCCACAAGAUUGUAGCACUUGGAAAAGCAUUGGUUCACAACAAGGCUGUGAUUGGAUUGUUAAUUAUUCUAGUGGAUCUGCUACUAUUGAUAGCAAUCAGAACCCAAAGUUUGUCGGAGAAGGCUUGUCUUGUUCUUUGAAGGUAAACAAUGCCUCAUAUUCACCAUUCUAUAUGAAGCCUAGUUACUAUAAUUACCAAGACAUUCAAUCUUCUUUAACUAAUCCAUCCAGUGAAGUUUCUAGUCAAACUUUCCAAAAACAUCUUGUGGAAUUACAGUCUAAUCCUCCCUCACUUAAUCAAAACACCCUCCAAGAAGUUGUCACUUGUGCUACCAUUGGGACUGGAGGGUUAGAAAUGAGGCCUCUUGACCGUGGUUCUUGGGCUGAUCGCGGUGGUGAACUUGUUCUUCUUCCAGCUUAUGGUGAUCAAUCGAACCCAUCACGCUUUGAUAGUGCUUUUGAUUGUGUAAAUAGCCAGGCAGAGGGAUGUUAUCAUUGGAAUGGUGAAUUGGGUUUUCACGCAGAUAAGAGUACCGAGAGCAAAAUGGGGACAGCUACAAAUGAGUAUGCUAAUACCCAGGGCCUAUUACUAUCACUUUCAACGGUUCCACCAUCUAAAACACAUGUAGGUCAAAUCGGGGAGAGAAGUUAUUCCAAAGAUUUACACUGCAGCACUGCUUUUUUCAAUGGAUUUCCAGAGCCUAAAUGUUCAAAUUCUGGGUAUUUAUAUUCCAAUUCGAAACCACCCAUAUGCAAAGAGGUUGUUCGGAGUACCCGUCAAGACAUAGAGCAGACUUCUACUUUCACUCAUUCAAGUGCAGGUCCUCUAGGCCCUUUUACUGGUUAUGCCACCAUAUUGAAGAGUUCGAGAUUUUUGAGACCCGCACAACAGUUACUGGAUGAAUUUUGCAGCAUAACUGGUCCUAACCUCAUCAGAACAGGAGAGACAUCUGACGAAAUUAGGGUUUCUGCUAAUAUGGUUGGGGUUAGUGAGUCUUUGGUGGGAGCUAAGGGUGGUGAUUCGGGUGCCUGUACUUCUACAUUUUACAGCUCAAACGAAAUUAGUGGGGAAGCUGGAGGUGGAACAAGCUUCAAUCAGUGGCGUUGGCCUGAAAAACAGCAGAAGGCGGCAAAGCUGUUACAUAUACAUGAGGAGGUUUGCAGAAGGUACGAACAGUAUCAUCAGCAGAUGCAAUUGGUGGUUUCAUCCUUUGAAUCAGUGGCUGGUCUUAGUGCAGCCAUCCCUUACAUGUCGCAGGCUCUGAAGACAGUCUCUAGGCACUUUCAGAGCCUUAAGAAUGCCAUCUCGGAUCACCUCAGGAACAUCAGGAAAGCUUUGGGGGAGGAUUUAUCAUCACCUACCUCUGGUAAAAGCAAUACNGUGGUUUCAUCCUUUGAAUCAGUGGCUGGUCUUAGUGCAGCCAUCCCUUACAUGUCGCAGGCUCUGAAGACAGUCUCUAGGCACUUUCAGAGCCUUAAGAAUGCCAUCUCGGAUCACAUCAGGAACAUCAGGAAAGCUUUGGGGGAGGAUUUAUCAUCACCUACCUCUGGUAAAAGCAAUACUACAGGCGGUCCAGCAUCAAAGUUGAAAUUCGAUGACCACGGUUUUCAAAAGCACAAAUUUUGUUUAAGCGGUCCUGGAUUGUUUGAACCCCAACAACACGUCUGGAGGCCCCAAAGAGGCCUACCAGACCGGGCUGUGGCUGUUCUUAGAGCUUGGUUGUUUGACCAUUUCCUUCACCCGUAUCCAACAGACACGGACAAGCAUAUGUUGGCCACCCAAACUGGUUUAUCUCGAAACCAGGUCUCAAAUUGGUUCAUCAAUGCACGAGUGCGUGUUUGGAAACCCAUGGUUGAAGAAAUACACAUGCUAGAAACCAAAGGUUUGGCAGAAACGAACUCAAAUGCCAUCAAAACCGACGGAAACCACACAAUUGAAGGUGCCAACAAGCUAAACAAUCCCCAAACCAUAAACAGGCUUGGCCAAUGUUCAGCAUCAGAUAAGCAAGUAAACUGCGCUGGUAUUGGCUCCUCUGCGUGCACAGAAGAUGGAUCAACUGCAGAACAGUGGAAUCAAAUGAAGCGAGCGAGAAUGGAUUGUCAGAUUCCGGCCAGCUUGGGAGGGUCAGUGAUUGGUUUUAUGCCAUGCCAACGAACCGGGUUUGAGAUUGGGGGAGCGGGAGCUGGAGCUGGAGCAGUGUCACUGACAUUGGGUCUUAGGCAAAGUGCAGAUGGGGUGCAACAGCAACAACAACAACAUUUGCAACCACAAGAACAUCAUCUUAGGCAGCAUUUUGGAGGUCAAAUGAUUCAGGACUAUGUGGAUUAAUUAUAGUGCUGGCUUUGGUGGGAUUAGUAGAGAAUAAAAUCUUAAAAUGAUGUUCAAAGAAAGCAUAUAGAGGUACAAAUGAUGAUUUGAUGAUAAUGUUAGGAACGAAAGGAGAUAACUUUAUGUAUGCAAGUGUUGAAACUUGAGCUAAAUCCUGCAAGGGAACAUUGGCCAAGAUGUUGAAGAGAUUUCAUAGUUUGAUAGAUGUUAAACAGCAGUUCUCUGAGAACCUAUCUGAGAGGAAAAAAAAGUAGAAGAUAGAGAAAC